UUACGUUUCAAUGUAAUAUUGUAAUUUCACUUUUUACUGACGAGAUAUAGAUUUUGUUACGUAAAAACUUUCAAACUUGAAGGAAAAGUGUAAUAAUAAAAAUUGUGAGUGGGCUUACGCGCAAGCAUUUCACGGUUUGAAGGUUAUCUCGUUUGUGUAUGUUGGUAGCACUGUUCGAGUGGCAUCAAGGAAUGCAAUUAUAGCAUAUCCAUAAGAAUACAAUAGAACAUAACCUCUAGUAUGUAUUAAAGAGUUAAUGUUGUUUGUUUGUGCGUACAGUACGUGACAUAUCACGUUCAAAACAGUAAAAAUUGUUGGAAAUCAAUUUUAUUCAACGUAUUAAUAAACUGCGACAAUAUGUCGGAAGACGAAGUAGAAAGUUUCGAAAUUACAGACUACGAUCUUGACAAUGAAUUUAAUAUUAAUCGUCCCAGACGAAAAUUAUCUAAAAAGCAGCAAAUGCUUGGUAUUUGGGCGGAUGAUAGUGAUGAAGAUGAAUUAUCUGCUAGACCCUCUUUUAAAACCUUUGACAAAGGACCAAAGAAUUAUACAGCCCCUGUAAGUUUUGUAGCAGGUGGUAUUCAACAAGCUGGCAAACCAAAAGAAGAGAAGGAAGAAAAAGAUGAAGAUGACAGUGAUAAUGAAAAUACAAAUAAAUCACAAAGAGAAUAUCAAAAUAGUUCAAGUUCUGAAGAUGAACGACCUAGCAUGGCACCGUUACGUGCAUCUUUUUCAUCUAUGAAUACUGAUGGAGAUAUCGCUGGUUUACGUAAAAAGAAAGCUAAAGUAAAUCCUUUGCUUAUGCAAAGUGGAAUGGGUAGUUGGGAGGUCCACACAAAAGGUAUUGGAGCUAAACUGCUAUUACAGAUGGGUUUUGAACCUGGUAAAGGGUUAGGCAAGCAAUUACAGGGUAUAAGUGCUCCAGUGGAAGCACAUUUAAGAAAAGGUAGAGGUGCCAUUGGUGCUUAUGGGCCAGAAAAGUGUCCAAAAGUACCAGAAAAGAAAAAAGAAGAAGAUGCAGAGGAAGGGAAAGAUUCUAAGGGCAAAUUAUCACAGUGGAGGAAAGGAGAUGGUAAUGCAGCAAAGAAGAAAGUAAAAUAUGUUUAUCGUAGUGUGGACCAAGUUUUGGAGGAUGGAAAAUUAAAACCUAAUAAGAAAUUAAGGAUGUCAAAUGAAAUCUUGAGUAAAGUCAAAGUUAUAGAUAUGACUGGUCCAGAACAAAGAAUACUUAGUGGAUAUCAUGCAAUAGCUGGAGGUCAACAACGACCUGAUGAGAAUGUUGUAAUUAGUGACAAGAAAUCCAAAGUUAAUUUUGCACUACCAGAACUUCAGCAUAAUUUGAACAUACUAGUAGAUAUGUGCGAACAAGAUAUUAUUCAAAAUGAUAGACGAACAAGACAUUUGAGUGACAGAGUAGUUGCAUUGGAAGCAGAGAAAAAAAAUAUUUCUAAAGUUAUAGAUCAUCAUGCUCAACUUAUAGAUACUUUGGAAAAUGUAUUAGAAAUAGUAGAUAAGUUAAUGGACGAGACCAACCAAUUGACAUUACAAGAGACUGCAGAAGCCUUCAAAGAUUUGCAAGAUAAAUAUUAUGAGGAAUAUAAAAUGUAUGAACUUGGUGAAUUGGCAAGUAGUUUUGUUGGUCCAAAAAUAAAGGAUUGUUUAAUUAGUUGGAAUCCUAUAAUGCAACCAAAACAACCUGUUAAAUUGUUUGAACAAUGGAAAAGUAUUCUGGAAAGUGGUACCACUACCCUUCAAAGCAGAACUAUGAAUCCGUAUGAUCAACUUGUUUGGAAUGCAUGGAUGCCAUCCAUCAGGGGUGCAAUUCAACAGUGGGCUUGUAGACAAUCGGAUCCACUCAUUGAAUUAAUAGAAUUCUGGAUGCCAUUGCUUCCAAGUUGGAUAUUGGAAAAUAUUUUAGAUAUGUUAAUUCUUCCAAAGUUGACCUUGGAAGUUGAGGAAUGGAAUCCUCUUACUGACACUGUACCUAUUCAUACAUGGAUUCAUCCAUGGCUACCAUUAUUAAGAAAUCGAUUGGACACUUUAAUAUAUCCAAUAAUACGACGUAAACUGGGUUCUGCAUUGGGAGGAUGGCAUCCAUCUGACAGAUCUGCCAGGUUAAUGUUACAACCAUGGGCUAAUGUUUUCGCGAAAGGAGAUAUGGAAGCCUUCUUAGUGAAAAAUAUUAUACCAAAAUUACAAAUAGCACUUUCCGAAUUUGUUAUAAAUCCACAUCAGCAACAUUUAGAUCAAUGGAAUUGGGUGUACGAAUGGAAAGAAUUAAUUCCAUCUCACAUUAUGGCAAGCUUACUCGACAAAUUUUUCUUCCCCAAAUGGUUGCAAGUUUUGGCUUUAUGGUUAAAUCAUUCCCCUAAUUAUGACCAAGUUACAAACUGGUACAUGGGCUGGAAGGGCAUGUUAAGUGAAAAAAUACUUUCUGAACCGUUAGUUAAAGAACACUUUAAGAAAGCAUUAGAUAUGAUGAAUAGAGCAGUUAGUGGUCCACAAAGUCAUCAACCGGGAGCAAUGGAGCAAGUUUCAUACUUGACAAGUUUAGAAAGAACCCAGCCUACCAUGUCGCAAAUGCCGCCGAACGCUCAGCCAAGGAUGGAGAGGCUUGCGGAAGCGGUGAGGACAGCAUCGCAAAUACCUCAAGGCUUUAAAGACCUUGUUCAAAAGAAGUGCGAAGAAAGAGGCAUUCUAUUCAUGCCUAUACCGAAUCGUUACAGAGAAGCAAAACAAGUUUAUAAAGUGGGCAAUGUCCAGGCGUAUAUAGAUGGAAAUGUCUUGUUUGUAUGUCAUAAUGGUAUGAAUUGGCUACCUACGCAUUUAAACGCAUUAUUAGACAUGUCUGAACUCUAGGAAUGAUUAAAUUCUCGCUUUAGAAUGUAAUUAACAUUAAAUCCUGUAUGUAAUUAUUUAUUAUGUACAUAUACUGUAAAGUAUCUUGUAAGAAAUGGCAUUGAAAGUUGCAUUAUACAAUGCGCAUAAUUUGUAAAUGGAUUGUCAUUUUUUGUACGACCCGUGCUGUAUAAUAAAUUAUUAUACCAGCAUACCUAUAUAUAUAUAUACAGAUAUAGAUAUAUAUGCAUAUAUGUAGAUAUUAUACUCAUUUAUUUCACAAUGAAGUUUCUACGCAAUUCCGAUUUUAUAUACUUUUAUCGAGCGAAUAAAUAU